AUGCACGUGGGUGCACAGGGGAUCCGGGGCAUGGUCUUACAAAGCAAGAGAGUAUUUUGGGCUUUCCCUAGUCCCUACUAUAUUGCAUGUGGGCAUUUUCACAAACAGCUUGCCACAAGAAACGCUUCAACAUCUCCCAUAAUGGCUAGGCCGCAACAGCGAUAUCGAGGUGUUCGACAGAGGCAUUGGGGCUCUUGGGUGUCUGAAAUUCGCCAUCCUUUACUGAAGACUAGAAUUUGGUUAGGGACAUUCGAAACAGCCGAGGACGCUGCUCGAGCCUAUGACGAGGCAGCGAGGCUAAUGUGUGGCCUGAGGGCUCGAACCAACUUCCCUUACAACCCGAAUGCGCCACCAUCGUCGUCAUCGAAGCUUCUCUCAGCUACUUUGACAGCCAAAUUGCAUAGGUGCUACAUGGCCUCGCUGCAAAUGACCAAAGCAUCAAUGCAAGAGCCUCAGAGAGUUCCAUCUUUGCAUCAUGUUGGUGGCAAUGGCAGGGCAGGAAGUGCCAACGAAGCAAGUACACUGUCACCGGAGAAGAAACCGUUGGUGUUGGCAGUGCCACAGAAAGAUGAGAAUUGGAUUUUGAAGAAAGUUCAAGUAGAGGGCACCCAACAAUUCAAGCCCCUUGAAGAUGACCAUAUAGAGCAAAUGAUUGAGGAAUUGCUUGAUUAUGGGUCCAUUGAGCUCUGCUCUGUUGUCCCACCUCAGGCAAUGUAA